UAGUUCCUUUCUCCUUUGCACUAUGACCAGCCAGCUAUCGAGGCCCCGUAUUCACGCUUUGGAAGAUAAUGUUAUUCAUCGUAUCUGCUCUGGACAAGUUGUUGUAACUCUUGCUUCGGCCGUGAAAGAACUGGUGGAGAAUAGCAUUGAUGCUGGGGCGACAAAGAUUGAUGUUCGGUUAAAAGAGUUUGGAAGCGAAUCUAUUGAAGUGAUUGACAACGGUACUGGUAUCAUCGAGCGUGAUUUUGAAGCAAUAACUGGAAAGCACUCUACUUCCAAACUGCGUGAAUUCGACGACCUGCAAUCAGUUCAAACUUUCGGUUUCCGUGGCGAGGCACUGUCUUCUUUAUGCCAACUCGCGAAAGUUGUGGUGCAUACCUGUGCUUCUGAUGCACCUGUGGGUACACGUAUGGAGUUCGACGCCAAUGGAGAUAUCCUUGCCCGUCGACCUUUGGCUCGUUCCCGUGGAACUACAGUAAUCGUCAAUCAGUUGUUCCACAAUCUCCCCGUUCGUCGACGACAUUUGACGGAUCCUGCUCAACUGGCAAAGGAGUUCGCCAGAACUGUCAAUCUGUUGACCGCCUACUGCCUAGUCUCUAUUGGAGUUCAGAUUAGUUGUGUUCGUAUAUCAAAAAACGGAGAGAAAAUCCCCGUGGUAUCCAAUGGAUCUGCUAGCUCCUUAAAGGACAACAUCCUUGGGGUUUACGGACAGUCCCAAGCCUCAAGUCUGCUCGAACUGGCUUCCAUUUCCUCAAUCCCGUCUGAUAUUCUGGAUGAAUUCAAUGUAAAUGACGCCGUUGAAUUCGGAUCCAUCAGCAUAAGUGGCUUCAUUACGAAACCCUCGACACUCCAGUCGGCAGAUACUUCGUCACCCUCUGGUUCUUCCAGAGGUCGAGCUGCUUCUGGUGCUCGUUCCACAUCUGACCGACAAUUCAUCUAUGUAAAUGGACGUCCGUGCGAAUUACCGCGUGUUGCUCGCUUGGUCACGGAUGUCUGGCGACGAUGUUCCAAGGAAGCUCUGGCUGUUUCUAACGACGGUCUCCAAAUGCCUGCUUCCAACGCUUCCACUGCCUUUCCGUUUUUCGUCUUAAUGUUGCAGAUGCCAACAGGUACGGUGGAUAUCAAUUUGACGCCGGACAAACGCACUCUACUUCUACAUCAUGAACGUUAUGUGCUGGCGCUGACCAAGGCCAUCCUCAUACAGACGCUGUUCCGAAGCUCUAGCGUUCAUCUGGCUUCAGUCCAACAAUCUUGUAAUACUCUGGACCAGUCGGUAAUCGUCAUCCCCGCAGACUGUCAACCAGAGCACUGCACCUUAUCAUCGCCGACUCUUUCGGUAAGCAAUCGCAAGCGAACUUCUUUUGUGGAUGAUUCCAACCGAUGGGGUAAACGAGCCGCUACAAUUGAUCUGACGGAUCAGCGCUCAACACCCCUGUGUGCCUCCCGUAAAACUCCACCGAAGUCCGCCAACAGUGUAGCUGGUUUGGGUGAAUCCUUCGAAAUCGUUGACCUUCUACCGACGACUGAAACACUCAGUCGUCAACAGGCCUCUGUGCAUUUUUCCAUGUCUGAUUUGCGUGCCGCUUGGUCAACCUUGGAAAUCAAUCAUCCCAUACCCGUUACCCAGGUUGCAAACCAACAUCCAUUAGAUGACAUCGAUCUUGUUUCAAAUGGAGAGUUUUCCUUGGGAAGCUUCCGUUCUACAGAAAGUGAGACAGCCGAAUCAGAGCUGUCUACUUACUUCGAUAAAGCUACCUUCAACGAGCUCCAAAUUGUGGGACAGUUUAAUUUGGGUUUUAUUGUGGCUCGCCACGCACAAGAUUUAUUCAUUAUUGAUCAACACGCGAGUGAUGAAAAGUACCGGUUCGAACAACUGUUUGAAAAUUACCGCUUCACCUGUCAACCAUUAGUCGCACCACAAGCUCUAGAACUAUCUGUCGCACAGGAACAAUUACUGCUGAACAAUUUGGAUGUGUUUGCCAAGAACGGAUUCGCUUUUCGGGUCGACGAGAACGCGCCCUGUGGACGACAGGUUCAACUUGUCGCAACUCCUAUGCUAGAAGACCACAUUUUCGGUCGUUCCGACAUUGAAGAGAUGUUGUUUGUUCUUUCAGAAAGCUGUUCUCGUCGUUGCCGACCAUCUCGAUUGCGCACAAUUCUCGCCUCCCGCGCCUGUCGUUCUGCAAUAAUGAUUGGAACUGCUCUUGAUCAUGCUAAAAUGCAGAGGAUCGUUCGUAACAUGGGAACCAUGGUGCAUCCUUGGUUGAGGCACCAGCUUACGGACUGGAGGGUCCGUGGUUCGAACCUAACCUCAGCAUCUCAACCGCUCCUGUCUAGGCUUGCGCAACCCGGCAGUAUUCCAGCCCUCGUGCCUCCUUCCAUCGGCAUGCAGAGAAACAGUUCUCCAUAUGGAAUAAUUCUGAUCAGUUUUUCAAUCACUCCUGGGAACAGUGAGGUUAACUCCGUCGGAGUGAAAUGUCGAUUUUGGGGCAUUCUGAACAUCCUUCGUUAUGAUCUUCCAGAUCGUCGUCCUAAUGUGACACAUCUCACUUUUAAGAAAGCAUUCUUCAAGUGCAACCUGUUUGCGCAGAAAACAGGUGUGGGACCGGAGGCAGACCGUUCAAACGAGGAUGAUGUGAGUGAGAAUUCCACAAAUCCCACACCUAAACAACUAAAAAUAUUGUCCAGCAGGUUUCAAGCUUUCGUGGCGCUACCUGACUAG